AUGCGUCCGGUUCCAAUUACUGAACCACUUAUCAAGCAAUGGCGUUUCAAAGCCCGACUAAGUGAAAGCGUGGAGAGGUUCAACUUGCCGGUGUCGAUCGACUCACCAACAGCUGUCCCCUAUCAACCCAUCUACAGACGGCACUCAACAAUGAUUCGAUCAACUAGGCAACAAAAUUCAGCUGAUGGCAUGUCGCCGCUCCAGCUCCGAAAGGUCCGUAAAGGGACUCGCAGCUGCUGGGAAUGUAAACGCCGCAAAAUCAGAUGCACAUUCCCUCCUGGGAAUACGACCACCUGUAUAUGGUGCAUGUCACAUGGCUCCAUGUGUGUCAGUCAACGUUACCAAGAUGAGACGAGCGAUGCAUCACGCACCCAGAGCAUGGAUGCAAGGAUGACGCGUAUCGAGAGUUUACUGGAGCAAGUUCUUGAGAAAUUGGAUACUGGAAGCCAACAGAGUCAUACCGAAGACUCACCGGGACGUCCAAUAACUGUCGACGAUGGCAUUGGAAACGAUGUCGUCAACACUGCUUCCAACAUUUCGGCACCUUCGUCAAGCUCCGCGUUUAUGUCAGAGAUUGGUGGAAAGGAAGCAUGUUCGACGGCUGCUUCAACCCUGUCAUCGGAUACUAGCCUAUCCACUGUACAACACGACACAGGAAUGUGGCCGAAGCUGAAGAGAGUCUCCCGCCUGCUGUUGGAGAUGAUGCCGUCUCGUACUGCCAUUGAAAUUCUUGAUAGCCAAAGCUCGCCUUGGAUCUGCCAACUUCUUCGCCCUCUUCCGUCUCUCAAGCAAUCAAACAAAUUUUCGCUACUCAAAACGAUGCCACUCGAAUCGCCAUCCCUUAGCCACCCCACGAUUAUAGCGAGAGCCUUGAUGUGCAUUGUUAUAUGCCUACAACAGCUGCCCAUGCAUGUCGACAUCACGCAGCUCCGGUUACCGUCUCCACGAAGUGAAUACAUGCAAUCUAUUACUUCGAUUAUAAUCUCUCUAGUUACUUCAGAUGAUGAAAUUAUUGCCACGCCUGAGGGUCUUGAAUGCCUUUUGCUUCUUUCCAUCUACUUUGUUAACUCGGGUAGGCCUCGACGAGCAUGGCUUAACAAUCGAAGGGCGCUGGCAGUCGCACAGUUAAUGGACCUCCACAGGGCACAUCGCGAGGAUGUUGACGACAACAGUAGCAGCGUAGAAGCCAACAUCGCGGAAGUGUGGCCUCAUAUAAUUCACUUCGACCGACAUCUCUCUCAGGUUCUAGGAUUUCCAUGCGGAGUAGUGGACCAAUAUGGACCCCUUUUCCCGAGCAAUUUCAAGCUUAUGCAGCAUUUGGAUGAACACAAGCAAGAUGCCCUCUAUCUUUCACAGCUUGAUCGCAUAGCCGGGCUUCUAAUCGAGAGAGAACAGCGAUCUCCGAGCCUAGCAAUGGCUAUGACGCAGUCCAUUGACAAUGCGCUUGUGAAUCUGGCCACGUCCAUGCCACAAUCAUGGUGGCAUCCCUUUGACAGGCUUUCAGGGACGCAGGCAGAAGCAAUGGACAUGCUCUACGCUCGAUAUAACAUUCAAUUAUGGCAUCACCAACUCGAAAUGUCCAAUCAUUUGCCGUUUAUGCUGGAUGCAGCGGAGGAACGACAGAGCGAAUACAGCCGCAUUGCGUGCCUCAAAGCCGCGAGACAGCUUAUCAAAGUAUAUCUACCGCUACGAACAACGUUUGGCAUGUUCUCGUGCUGCAUGACGAAUUUCCAGGCAUUUACGGCCGCCGUGAUUCUCAUAUUCAACAUGUUUCUUCGGACGCCGGCUGUCGAGAUGGAGGCCUUAUCUGGUCGGAGAGAGAGUGACUGGGAUUUGAUCGCCAAUGUUAUCGAAGUUCUAGAUGCAGCGGUUGAACAGUUUGAGGACAGAGUCGCUCUACAGGCGCGCGACGUUUUGAAGCUCCUCCGAGCCAUCGAAAAGGACCCAAAGACGCUGCAGGGCGACAAGUUCCACUUCACAAUACCUUACUUUGGAACCAUUUCCAUUGCGCGUAAGAACCAUGUUGGGGACCAGGGCGACAAUCAACCGGCGACCGACGUGUCUGAGAGCACCGGCCAAUUAGCGCCUUCGGGGACGGAGUUAUACCUGGACUACUCUCCGACCUUCAUGACAACGAUUGACUUUAUGGGGCCGAGCACAGCUGCCGAUGUUGAUGAGCUGAUGCAGCAGUGGUUGGUUGAAGAUAUGUAA